AUGUCUAAACCCGACGUUGAUGCCUCCGAGCUUCUCUCCUCCUUGAGUAUUGAGGGCAAAUCUGGCUCUCUUCCAAAAUCUGGCGAUGCAAAGCCCGCUGUUGCAGACUCUGCAGUGGAUGUGAAGGAGACCAAUGCCAGCACUGACACCUCCAGCCCUAGUGAUCAAGUAAACGGCAAUUCGAAUAUCAAGAAGGAUGUUGAAAAUAAAGCCUCUCAGUCUGAAUCAGACGCUACCAAGCCUGAUGAACCAAAACAACCUGACACUAACUUGAUCAAAUCCACGUAUGAGGUCAAGGUGAAACUAGCACAGGAGAAUCCCGACUCGCCACUUUUCUCCGUCAAGUCUUUCGAAGAGCUUGGCUUGAAGGACACUUUGCUUAAGGGAUUGUACGCUAUGAAGUUCAACAAGCCAUCUAAAAUUCAAGAAAAGGCUUUGCCCCUUCUUCUAGCCAACCCUCCGAUGAACAUGAUUGGUCAAUCUCAAUCUGGUACUGGUAAGACUGCUGCAUUUUCUUUGACCAUGUUGAGUCGUGUUGAAGAGGGAAAUCCUUGUGUUCAAGCGAUCUGUUUGGCACCCGUGAGAGAACUUGCAAGACAAACUCUUGAGGUUAUUCAGACAAUGAGUAGAUUCACAAAAAUUACCAGCAGACUUGUGGUGCCUGGUACCUACGAUAAGCUGACAAUCUUUAACGAGAACAUUUUAGUUGGAACUCCCGGCACUGUCCAGGACCUCAUUAGAGCAAAGAGAUUGAACAUGAAAAAAAUCAAGGUGUUUGUCUUGGACGAGGCUGACAACAUGUUGGAGAAUCAAGGUCUUGGAGAUCAGUGUGUCAGAGUCAAGCGUACAUUACCUCCCACUUGUCAACUUGUCUUGUUCUCUGCUACUUUCCCAACGCAAGUGCGCGCAUUUGCAGAGAAGUUCGUUCCAAACGCCAACUCCUUGGAAUUGAAACAAGAAGAACUCAAUGUCGAUGGUAUCAAACAACUCUAUAUGGACUGUGAUUCAGCAGAGCACAAGUUUGAAGUCUUGUGUGAAUUAUACGGUUUGUUGACCAUUGGUUCCUCUAUUAUUUUCGUAGAAACGAGAGCAACUGCUGACAAGUUGGCUGCAAUGAUGACGGCUGAAGGACAUAAGGUGUCUGUUUUGCAUGGUAAAUUGGAACAUGACGAGAGAGAUCGUCUCAUCGACGACUUCAGAGAGGGAAGAUCGAAGGUCUUGAUUACAACCAAUGUCUUGGCUCGUGGUAUUGAUAUUGCCACAGUCUCGAUGGUUGUCAACUACGACUUGCCUGUGACAAAGAAUGGAGACCCAGACCCAUCUACAUACUUGCACAGAAUCGGAAGAACUGGUAGAUUCGGCCGUGUGGGUGUCUCUAUCUCAUUUAUUCACGAUAAGAAAUCUUACGAGACGAUCAAAGCUAUCAAGGAGUACUUCGGUGACGUUGAGAUGACAAGGGUUCCUACUGAUGAUUGGGAUGAGGUUGAAAAGAUUGUAAAAAAGGUGAUUAAAGGGUAA